GACCGGGAGGAGCAGGAGGAGAGGUCGGAGCAGUCUCUGGUCGCCCAGAGAGACAGAGUCCCUCGGCAGCUGCUGCGGCGAGAGAUUUCCUUGACCAUUUGAACCUGAAAACACGGUGUUAGCCUCUUAUUGAUCUCAUCCGAAAACUCAUUGAAGAUGUCUAGCAAAACUAGCAACACCAACAGCGUGGCCCAGGCCCGGCGAACUGUCCAGCAGUUGAGAUUAGAAGCGUCCAUAGAGAGGAUUAAGGUUUCCAAGGCAUCUGCAGAUCUCAUGUCCUACUGCGAGGAGCAUGCCAGGGGCGAUCCUUUGCUCAUGGGAAUCCCGACUUCAGAGAACCCCUUCAAGGAUAAAAAAACUUGCAUCAUCUUAUAGUGGGUUAGGGAGCCUGCAGGUGCCACCCCUCCAUGAUCUAAGCAGCUCCAUGAAGAAACGUACCUUCCGCUCACUUGGUAACCACUGCUCAAAACAAAAAUGCUUUUAACUUGUAAAAACAAACACACACAAAAAAAUGAGUUUUAAAGCCUUUGUUUUAAAAAGUCUCCCUCUCCUUAGAGUGUACCCUUUAUGAAAUGGAUGCGAAUCAGUCGAUUUAUUCUUGGUUUCCAGUUGAAAUGAUCAACGGUGGUUAUUUCCUAGGUUGGCUUCACGUCCAAGGAACGCUGGUUAGGGUUGGUUUCUAUGUAAAUUCAUUGUCCAGUGGUCUGCUUUUUGAUUUGAGGAAAGACCAAAGUGGCCUCCUCCUCUUUCCAGAUUCACCAGGCCCAGGAAUCAGCAGGGCCCAUGGCAAACCCAGUCUCUAAAAUGCUUCGCUUCUCAGCAUCCUUAAUCGGGUUAGUGCCUCUCUAUGUACAGAACACAAGUUAUGCAUGUAUUUGGCGUGUAUAUAUGGUUUUGUAUAUAUACAUUUCAAAGUGCAUGUUUUCUAGUUCGAAAAACAUCUUUCCCCUUCUACCGAGGCCCCCCGCUCUAUUCUAGCUCAUCCCGAGUUUCGCCUCUCUCCAGUUGUGUGCCAAGCCGGCCACGCGUCGGGCGGCCACCUCUGUGUUUGCCUACGGCUUCUGGGUGACGAGGGCGGCCCGAGCCCAAGAGUCGUUCUCACGAUACCAAAUUCUGGUCAUUUUAUCGUCAUCCUCAUCUCUCCCUUUCAUUUGCUUCUCUGGUCCUCACGGCCUAAAAACAAACGGUGCCAAUUUAAGAGAGCGAAAAACCAAACCCUCUUGUCAUUUGAGGUGCUACGCUGUGAGGGCCCCCUUUGCUUUUCUGGACUCAGCACAGUCAGGAUACAGAAUCACAAAAUCCCAGAGCCGGACAGUCCAACCCGUGCCUAAAAACGUAUCCUCUCUGUCAUCUCCCUCCUGACGGUCAUCGACUCAGUCUGCCGAAGACCCUGGACACCUUCUCAGAAUUGUUUUUUAAUUCAUAAAAUAAAAUACAUAGGAUUACAAAGGAAACUAGUUAUACUGAAAUCCAGUUAUCAAAAUAUUAAAAAAAAAAAAACUAAGUUCACGGACCCUAGUGAAGAACCCUUGUUAAGAUCUCAUCUGACCCAUAUCCCAUCUACACUGAGAAAUGGUCAUCCCCGCUCUGCUCCAAGACCACCAGUAAAGUGAACUCACUGCCUCCCAAGGCGACCCAUUCCACUUUGGGAUAACCUUAAAACCUAACUGAAAUUUGCUUCCUUUGUCCUUAGUUCAGGCCUUCAAGGCCAAGCAGAAAAAGUCUGAUUAGUAGGAGAUGAAGGAUGUCCAUGAGCCCAUUGACCAGAGGAGGGAGGGUCCAUGAAUGGGAGCCUGGUUCUCUCCGCAGAGAAGGAAAUCAAUCAUCGCACUAGAUUGGGGGUCCACCUCCGUCCUCUUGUAGAUUAUUUACUGGCCCUCUCCUUCCCCCAAAAUGUCCCUCCCAGGCCUGAAUCUUACGUGUUUGAAGGGUAGGCCUCAUCCCCUGCGUCAUCCCAGGUUGUUGAUUUGUGGAUGGGAAGGUUGUUUGUCCAGAAGGAACCAAGAAAGGCCCGAGGUGCUGGUGGAUCUUCCAAUUACCAGCUUCCUUGUCAUCUAGCCCAUGCUCUUCUUGGAGGCAGGAAUGGGCAGUACAAUAGAAAUUUUAAAAAAAAGGGGGGGGUCACCUUGUCACUCCCCCUCCUCCCCAGGUUGUCCCAUAGCUGAGGAUAGGAUAUGCUGCUGUAGAUCUUUCUGCUGAACUUAGAUGGGCCCAUAGUCUGGGCACAGCCCCUGCCGUGAGAUCAAGAGGAUCCCUUUUCAACUGACCACACUAAAUGUUUUCAAAUUGUCAUUCCACUUCCGUGGAUUACUCUCAGUGCCCUCAUCUGUAAAAUGGGCAUGAUCACGCAAACACUGCCCCCUCACAGGGUUGUUGUGGGGAGACUUGGAGGCACUCCAGAACUGUGAGUUAUUAGCAAAAUUCCUUAUGAAUCAAAGUUGCCAAAAAACCUCUCCAAAAAGAAUCAUCCGUGGGAAUUCUUUAUAAUGGUUCCUCAAUAGAUACUGCAUGCUGUUCUUGGAGGUGCCAACCCCCUUUGGAGAUGUCUUGUUUCUGUUUUGGGUCUUGCAAUGCUUUGGGGAGAAAACCAUUCAAAUUGUAUGAGCAGUGGUCGUCAGAUAGAUUCUCCUGUCGUUCCCCUGUGGCUCCUCUUGUGGAGGGUGGGAGCCCUGCCCUUCCGUGGACGGGAUUCCCCAUCACCUCUUACUGACAGCUUUGUAAACAUCUGCUCAGUGCUGUCAUUUGUCCCAUCCCCAAGUAAAUGGUAGACCUCAGCUUCUCUGGGUCCAGAGCAGAAAUGUUGUCCUGCCCUUCCAAACCAUUAACUCAGAUGUAGAUGAGGAAAAACACUCUCAAAGUCACAACUGCUCCCUAUACUCACAUCCUUUCAUUCAAUGAUUAUAUUUUUCUAACAACCAUUUCAAAACUCUAAUCUAUUUUUUUCCACUCUGAUUUUUAACCAUGUGUCAUUAAUCAUGUAGGAUGCAGCCUGCUGCAAAAAUAUAUUUAAUGAAUUUGAAUACACUUGACUAUAUGGGGACGCCAUUGAGGGCAGUCACCCUUUAUUCAUUGGUGUUAAUGGACCCUUUUCUACAACCCUGCUCUCUUAUUUCCACUGGCUGAGGUAUGGCCCCUCUGCCGUGGUCCAUAUGGUCCUUCCACCGGCCAGCUAGAGAGCUUCAAGGCCUUCAAGCAUGGGCAGACCUCCCCAACCAGCAAUGAAAGCCAAAUGACCCCAGAUCUAGACCUUGGCUUCUGGACCAAGACAGAGAUAGUAACUCAGCGUUGAUGUACCUAGAACCAAAAAGAUUGUUGAUGUACCUAGAACCAAAAAGACUAUAUGAGGAAAGAUAAUAUAUAUGUAUAUGAUAAACAGAAGUACGGAAGUCACUGUUAUUUAACUGGCUUGAUUCCCUUUGUAAGGUCCAGCCGCUCUUGGAGCAGCUGCUGUGAUGAUUUGGGGCAGAUGCCUGGGUGUAUAAUUUUUUUUUCAGCCACCAUUGUAAUGUUGACACAGAUAUACAUCCACUUAUGUGUAUAUAUAAACUGUAAUCCUCUGGCUUUGUUAUCACUGAAGUUUCUACGGUGUGGGUUCAACGUAUGUACUUUGACGGUAGUUUUGCAAAUAUGCUGUUUUCUUGGUUCAUCUCUCUGCCUUCAUUAUUCCAACAUGUCUGUACAGUUUUUAUUUAAACUCAAGGUCUCAGUGCCAUGACCAUGUGCUAAAUAGAAUUUAUUGGUCCCAAAAUCUUUUACAGAAACACAUUUUGAACAGGGGAAAUAUUUUAUCUACCAGAUAAUUAAUUAACAAAUGAUUGCUCUUUUUUCCUAUGAAUCUGGUUUUUAAGUUCCCUGGGCUAAUUAAAAUCAAAAGUGCCAUAUUCACCUUUUAGAGAAAAGGUCUGGUGUUUGCUUUCAGCCCAAUUGAAACAAUUUUUGUACUUUUUUCAUCUGUAAACCGCCAAAAGAAAAAUUUAUACCAAUACUUUAGUGUAUAUAAAUGUGCAUAUGUUUUAACAAAAUCAUAAAGAUUUAUGGAAAUGCAGAGGCAUCUUUAGAUCUGAGGCAGAGGCUAGAAAAACAAAUGGUGGAGGAUGUGUUAAGCUGUCUUCUCAGUUCUGUUUUAGCUAACUUUCUAGAUUUUAAAUGAAACGGAAAAAUGGCAUUAGCAAUCUGGUUACCCUGAAUUUAUUUUUCUUUUGAGCUGUACAUUUUAAAAGAUGCAUGGGCUUAGGAAAUGAAUUCUAACAUAAAUUACUCCUUCCUUGCCCUCCCAAAAAAAGAUUUUAUGACUAAGUGAGUGAGUAAAAUUUUAAAAGAUCUAAUUACAAUAAUUAUGAGAAAAUCAAAUCUAGAAACUUCAGAUUGAAAUCUCCAAUUCCUGGCGUUAUUGGCAGUGGUACAGAAAUUCGUCAAAUCAUCCUUUUCUCCGAAUCAUAAACUAUCACAGUUGGAAAUGACCCCAGAGGACAUCUGGUCCAACCCAUACUGGAUACAGUUCCCUAGGACAGCUUCCCUGUGUGGGGUCACCCAGUCUUUGCUCAAAGACCUCCAAGCUUCCCAGACAAAUCAUUCCAAUUUCGGAAAGUUCUGAUUGUUAGGAAGAUUUUCCUGACCUCAAGUCUCGAUUGACCUAUUUGCAAUUUCUGCCCUCUGGGGCCAAACAAUAGAUCUGAUUCCUUCUGAGUCUUCUCUGCCCCAGCCUCGACAGCCCCAGUUGCUCCAGUCAGUCCGCAAAAUACAUAAACUCAAAGACCAACAUCCUGGUUGUCCAUCCCCUGGAUGUUGUCCAAAACGCUGUUUCGGAGAGGCUUUCCAAAAGUUCAUUGUAAUAGAAAUAAUAUUGAACUGGGACUGCUCCCCGCUAGGUGAUUCCCUUUCCUGAUCUAACCCUCAGUUUUCUGGCCUAAGAAAUGGCAGUUGAACCAGAUGACUUCUGGUCGUUCCAACUGGAAAACUCCAUGGUCCAAUGCUCUUUCCUCUCCCACCGCCAUCUUCGUGCUGUGAGCAUCGCUGUUUCCAAUAUCUAAAUGUUGCUCUUUCUGUCAUGUGGUCAUGAGCUAACAGCCUUUGAAAGUGUGUGUUCUUGGAUUAUUUUCUCACAAUUGAAAAAACUGACUUUGUUACUUAUGUGGUGAUGAUGGUGUUUUCUUUUCUUCUGAUUUUAUGAACUCUGUGACUUUCUUAAUGUUCUUUGUAUUGUUAAUGUAACUCCCUCUACGUGUCCUUUGAGUGUCCCUGGAAAUUUGCCUUUGAUUUCUAGGCAGUGAGACCUAGCUCUCUUAGAACAUUCUGUGACUACUUGUAUGUUGUGUCGUAUAUAACCUUGACACUGUGAUCAUCGUUUGAAAGACCGUAAAAGAUGGAAGCAUUUCUUUCCCAGCUCAUGUGUUCAAUAGCACGGAUACCAAUCAACCGAAUUAAAACAUCAUGGCUUUCUAUACUGA